ACGAUACCCGACGAGGAUAUCCGCCUCCACUCAACUAGUUAUUUGUUGUUAUUUGUUUUUUUAAAUCUUUUUGAGUAUUUUAUUAACUGCUGUUUGAUAUUCUCUGGUCAUCUUCUGUAACCAGGAUGUGAGCUGUCAGUUAGCCCUUACCUGAUGAGGAUCCUGCUGACAGUGAAGCUCUGCAGACAUGCAUUUAUAAAGCAGAACUGGACAUUACUCCUCUCUCUUUUUUUUUUUUUAUGUGUCAUCUACUGCACCAGCCGAUAGCUGCGGAGUGAAUGUGGAGACAUGGGCUCCGAGUCUGUGAAGGUGGUGGUCAGGUGCAGGCCCCUGAAUGAAAGGGAGAAGGCUCUCUGCUCGAAGACGGUGAUGUUCAUGGACCUGCACCGGUGCCAGUGCUUCAUAGAGAAACCCGGGGCAGCGGACGAGCCACCCAAACAGUUCACCUUUGACGGGACCUACUUUAUUGAUCAAACCACUGAGCAGAUGUACAACGAGAUUGCCUAUCCUUUAGUUGAGGGUGUCACUGAGGGAUACAAUGGCACAAUUUUUGCCUAUGGACAGACCGGAAGUGGGAAGUCUUUCACCAUGCAGGGAGUGUCCGAGCCUGCGGCCCAGAGGGGCGUCAUUCCACGAGCCUUUGAGCACAUCUUUGAGAGUAUUCAGUGUGCAGAAAAUACAAAGUUCCUGGUGCGGGCCUCCUACUUGGAGAUUUACAAUGAAGAAAUCAGAGACCUUUUGGGAAGUGACACCAAGCAGAGAUUGGAGCUGAAAGAGCAUCCAGAGCGCGGGGUGUAUGUGCGGGACCUCUCCAUGCACACUGUGCACAGUGUGGGGGAGUGCGAGAGAAUCAUAGAGCAAGGCUGGAAGAACCGGGCAGUGGGCUACACACUGAUGAACAAAGACUCCUCCCGCUCCCACUCCAUCUUCAGCAUCCAUCUGGAGAUCUGCAGCACAGAUGCAGCCGGCCAGGAUCAUCUACGAGCGGGUAAACUCAACCUUGUUGACCUGGCAGGAAGUGAGCGUCAGUCUAAAACCGGUGCCACCGGCGAGCGGCUCCGCGAGGCCACCAAGAUCAACCUCUCCCUCUCGGCCCUGGGGAACGUCAUCUCUGCCCUGGUGGACGGACGCUCCAAAUACAUCCCCUACCGGGACUCCAAGCUGACCAGACUGCUCCAGGACUCUCUGGGAGGAAACACACGCACGUUGAUGAUUGCCUGUCUCUCCCCCGCAGACAACAACUACGAGGAAAGUCUGAGCACGCUUCGUUAUGCCAACCGGGCCAAGAGCAUCCAGAACAGGCCUCGUAUCAACGAGGACCCCAAGGAUGCUCUGCUCCGAGAGUAUCAGGAGGAGAUCAAGAAGUUGCGGGCCCUCGUCUCAGGCCAGCUGGGCACUGCUGACCUUGCAUCUCUGCUGGCUGGUCAGUUGUUUGAAGCAUCCCCUGCUGUUCCUUCAAGGCCACAGUCCAACACCACAGAAGCAGAGAAGGAUAAGAUUAAAGAGGAGUAUGAAGAGAGGCUGGCCAAGUUGCAAGCUGAGUACAAUGCAGAGCAGGAAUCCAAAGCAAAGCUGCAGGAGGACAUUGCUGCCCUUUGUUCCUCCUAUGAAUCCAAGCUGUCUAAUCUGGAGAAGGCCCGAACCAGCAGGGGGAGCUCUGUCCUAAAGAAUGGUAACGGAAAAUCUUCUGUCCACAACAAAGAACCUUCAUCAGUGAGCUCUAGCUGUAUGACAAAGGUUGCUGAGGAAGAGGUCUGCCAUAACACUGAUCCCAUGUGCCACAGUACAGCUGGAGACACUUCUCUGACCAAGGCAGCUGUACCUUGUGCAGCAGUUGGUGUCCAAAUAGGUCCAGAUGGAGACGGACUUGUAGACUCACCUGGCACUGCAGGGCCUCUAGACCAGCAACACGUCCUGGAAAGACUGCAGCAGCUGGAGCAGGAAGUGGUGGGAGGAGAGCAGGCCAGGAACAAAGAGUUACAGCAGAGACACUGGCAGAGGAAGAACCUCGCUGACCAGAGAAAAGUCCAUCUAAUCCGCGCUCUGUCAGAGAACAGUGAGGAGAGUGAAAAUGUGCUGUUGAAUGUCUACAACUCCAUCCAGGAAGAGGUCCAUGCCAAAAGCCAGUUGCUGGUCAAGGUCCAGGGAAAGCUGAAAGCAGCCAAACUGGAGAUCCGUGACCUGCAGGCAGAGUUCGAGGUGGAGAGGAAUGACUACCUGGCAACAAUCCGGCGGCUGGAGAGGGAGGGUCAGUUACUGCACAGCCUGCUGGAGCGUAUGGUGCCGCUGGUGCGCCGUGACUGCAACUACAGCAACCUGGACCGCUUGAAGAAAGAAGCUGUCUGGGACGAGGACAGCGCCACCUGGAGGCUGCCGGAUGUGAUGGUGCAGAAAACAACACUGCCUUCAGCAGUGGCUCCAAGACUUGCAACUCGCAGAGCUUCAGCUGCUGAUGCUGGAGAGCCAUUCAUGGUGGAAGGGGACAGGUACAAGGAAAUGCUUGAUCGUAGUGACAGUGAGAACAUCGCCAGCAGCUACUUCAAGUCUAAGAGGGCGAGCCAACUGCUGGGACGGGAAGCUACCAAGGGACACGCCAUCCACUCUCCACCCUUGGUUAACGGGGCGGCCCACCUCAGUGUGAGCGGUUCCACCGUGAACCCACCCGUCAGCUCACGGCCCUUCCGCCUGGAGUCGUUGGAUGUCCCGGUCUCCAAUGGUAAGGUGAAGCGCAAAAAAAGCAAGUCUCACAUCCACAAUGAGGGGAUUUGAAAAGACUGUAAAUGUAACAGAUCUCCGUGUCAUCUGCCUGUGACUAAAUGUUUUAUACACUGUUAUUGAUCACAUACAGUAUAUAGUAAAUGCUGAAUUUUUAAUAACCACUGCUAACCAGAAAUGUAUACAGUCCGCUCUUAUUGUGGACGUUUUGAGUCAGGUAGUGUGUUUUAAUUCACAUUUUGAAUGCUCAUGUUGAACAAAAUGCUACCUGCAGUAUGUUACUACCCUUGUAUUCUUGCACUGUACCUAAAAACCUGUGAUUCGUGCACUGUGAGACUCAAAGCUACUAUAAUAUUUAAUGUCUCAUGUAUUUUACUGUUGCUUAUUGUAAACCAGAAUUUUUAACCUAACAGUAAAAAUUCUACAGUUGCUGCUGAAUGGCUCAAAUAAAACUAU